CGGCCAGACAGGCCUUGAUCACGACGAAACAACAUGCCCGCCCCCGUCAAGCCACAAGUCGCACCAGGCAGUAUCAAGGCCUACUACCAGGCUAAGAUAGAGGCUGCUGAACUUCUUAUCAACCAGAAGACGCAAAACCUUCGGCGUCUGGAGGCACAGCGGAAUGCACUGAACGCUCGGGUCAGGUUGUUGAGAGAGGAGCUCCAGCUGCUUCACGAGCCUGGAAGCUACGUCGGUGAGGUCGUGAAGGUGAUGGGCAAGAAGAAGGUUCUUGUGAAGGUUCAGCCCGAGGGCAAAUACAUCGUCGACUUCAACUCGGACAUCGAUGUUGCCUCCCUUACUCCCUCCAUCCGCGUUGCCCUCCGAUCUGACUCGUACACCAUCCACAAAAUCCUCCCCAACAAGGUCGACCCACUCGUCUCGCUCAUGAUGGUCGAGAAGGUGCCCGACAGCACCUACGAGAUGGUCGGCGGUCUCGACAAGCAGAUCAAGGAAAUCAAGGAAGUCAUCGAGCUCCCCGUCAAACACCCCGAGCUGUUCGAGGCGCUCGGUAUCGCCCAGCCCAAGGGUGUUCUCCUGUACGGCCCGCCAGGUACGGGCAAGACCCUUCUCGCGCGUGCGGUCGCGCACCACACGGACUGCAAGUUUAUUCGCGUGUCGGGUUCGGAGCUCGUGCAGAAGUACAUUGGUGAGGGUAGUCGGAUGGUGCGCGAGCUGUUCGUCAUGGCCCGCGAGCAUGCGCCGUCGAUCAUUUUCAUGGAUGAGAUCGACUCUAUUGGAAGCUCUCGUGGGGAUAGCGGCUCCGGAGGAGGCGACUCUGAAGUGCAACGGACGAUGUUAGAGCUACUGAACCAGCUGGACGGGUUCGAGGGGACAAAGAACAUCAAGGUCAUCAUGGCCACGAACCGGAUAGAUAUCCUCGAUCCCGCUCUUCUUCGUCCUGGACGGAUAGAUCGUAAGAUUGAGUUCCCGCCACCUGGGCCUGAAGCCCGCGUUAGUAUUCUGCGCAUUCACUCACGCAAAAUGUCUCUGCAACGUGGUAUCAACCUCCAAGUGCUUGCAGAGAAGAUGGGUCAAUGUUCGGGUGCCGAAGUUCGGGGUAUCUGUACCGAAGCUGGCAUGUACGCAUUGCGUGAGCGGCGUCAACACGUCACACAGGAGGACUUUGAGUUUGCGAUUGCGAAGGUACUAAAGAAGAACCAAGAAGGAAACACGUCUGUAAACAAGCUCUUCUCAUAGAGCACUUGAUCUGCAUUAGUGUGUCUCUAGUCUAUUUUAAUUCCACUUUGCUUUGUCGC